AGUUUCUCAACGUCAAAGUACUUUUACACACGCAAAGUGUUUUUCUCCGGUUUGUGAGAUUUUUUUUUUAGAAUUUUACCAAAAAUUUGUGUAUUUUUCUCAUCGUAGUGUCUCCAAAAGUGAUCAGAAAUGUUAGAUCUCUUGUUUUCCAUCCACAAAAAGGUCCCUACAGUGCUCCCAAUUGAUACAAGCAACUCAAAGAAUUUUGUUACUGUCUCUUCUGGCAAUAUCAUCGCUUUUACGUCCAAUUUUGAUCUGACCACGGGAGCCUAUGGAUACCAUUCCUAUGUCUGCGACGUGAACACCCCGUGGAAUGUGUACAAAGUCACAUCCAACAAGUACCCAAUCUCAAUCCUGGCCUGGGAUGUUCUCGGAAAGUAUCUCUUAGUCGGGGAUACCUUUGGUUCAAUCUGUAUUUGGAUGCAAAAAGAUAAUUUCUUGUCGGAAUGGAGUCACGUUUAUACAGCCAAUUUCCCUGGAGAGUGUAUCAUCAAGGCGGUAUUCUUCCACAAUGGCAGGAAGAUUGCAUUCAACAGUGAGAAGAAGGAAGCCUCAUCGUACUCAGAUAAAUUUCAGAAAGUCAAGUUUUUUCCCAGCGUGAGGCAAUUUGGUGGGGUUCCUACUGAGGGAUUCCUGGUUAUCACAGCUAGCGGCCUAAUUGGGGCUGUGGCAAUUCCGCCGGAACAACCAACACCGCCCUCCCCGGUAGCUCCGGCAAAUCCUCCAGCUCAGCCGGCAACUACUCAGGCACAGGCUCCUCCGCUGCCUCCCCCUGCUCCUCCAACUCCUCUGACUCCACACAUCUUGACCACAGUCACUGAGAGCCUGGGGCAGACGAGAAGUUUCUACACGACUGCUGAUGUCUGCUAUGGAAAAAAUGGUCACUUCCUGAUUGCUGCUUCCAACAAUGAAUGUCGGAAUAAAACCUUAAUUGUCCAAUGCUUCAGAGUGAUUGUCAAGAAGACGGAUGAGAAAUUGACUAUAACGAGUCACUCUCUGCCCAGUUUCUUCAUUGAUGAAGGAAUUGGGCGAGAUUUGCCUGAUUUGGAUCUACUGAAGGUCAAAUGGACCUUCCAGGAGGACACAGACACUCUUAUUGUGGCAAUGAAUUCCAGUAUUGGGGGUUUUAUUGAGGUUUGGGGCCUUGUGGAAAAAUCCACUCCCAUCCACAAACUCUUCCAGGCCAAUAAAUCUGAGGUCUUCAAGGCUUUUGUUUGGACUCCUCAGAGUCACUUUAGGUACUCUUCGAAGAUUUUGAAUAUCUGUACCAGUAAACUUCAGCUGGGAUCUUCUGGGUAUAUUUCUGUGGUGAUGGCAGAUAAUUCUGUAUUUUGUCUGCAUCGAGAUACUCUCAGUAAAGCAGCAACGGGUAGUUUGAAUGUAACGCAUCGAAUGGAUAUGAAUGAUAGCUCAAAACAGGUGAAGCUAAGUGCUACUCCGAGGGAUAUUGAUGCUUCCUGGAUGGGGCAUUUGUUGGUGUGCCUGGACAAUUUGGGACAGUUGUUUGUGUUCAAGAGCAACAACAUGCCAGAACAACUUGGAAUGCCAUCAACAAUCCAACAUACUGUCUCCCUUCUGGAGUAUUGCAUUGUGGCUGGAUAUGACUACCUGGAUAUUCUUCUGGCCAUCAGAUCCAGUACCAUUGACAAUAUUGUUGAGAGAUUGUCUGAGAACUUCAAUAGACAAGUCAAUCCCAUUCAGCAAUUUUACUAUGUGAACUUUCUCACCAUGAAGACGAAUCUCUACAGAUUGUCUCCUUCUGGGCAGAAUAAAUCACAAGAUCUGGCAUGUUUGCUAAUGCUUCAUUCCAUUUUGAUAGCUUUCAAGAGUCUUCUGAGACCUUCAGAUCUUACCUGCCAUGACAAGGGUCCUGCAGAAUAUCUCGCCAUGGGUUUAUCAGAGUCCAACACUGACGUUGACAAGGUCCUGCUCAAUCUCGAGGCAAAAGACUUUACUGUGGAACCAUCGACUCUUCAGAGUCUUCAGCAAUUGAUUCAGUGGGUCUCUGACUUGGCCCUCAAUAUCCUUGCUCGACUUCCAGAAACGAGGUCAAGUGGAGGCAAUAUGAAAAAUACAGGGUACGAAAUCAGCCAUGAUGUUGUUGCCCUUAACAGUAUCCGGGAGCUUUUGGUGAUGAUCAGAAUUUGGGGCUUAUUGAAGGAACAAUGUCUCCCAAUAUUUGCCCGAGCAGAUAAUCUUGAUAUUCUCUCGACACUCUUUAGACUUCUGACCCGUUUAGCGUUCAAUCCCAAUGAACCAGAUGAUAUGCUUUUGGACGAAUGCUGUUUAUUGCCGAGUCAAGUGAUGAUUCCGCAGAUGCCUUUUGUCAGCAUGAGAGUCUGUGUAGCUUCUCCACUUCUGCCGAAUCUCAAUCUUCCACUCUACUUCGAGUAUCACGUUGAGCCGGAGUGUCUGAAAUUCUCAGCCGAUAACAGUCCUCUGGAGAAUGGUGGAUUGUCCAAUGACAGUGUCGUGGACUCUGUGCGUCAUCUGCAACUGGGUAAAAUGCCCAACUGUACACGAUGCUGCACCCGUUGUUUCGCAGCGACAGCCAUGAACAGUGUGGCCAGGACGGCUGCAAUGAAAGCAUGGGAACAACGAUGGUCCAGUGGAUGUCGCUGUGGUGGCUUCUGGCGCCUACAAUCCUACGUUUAAAUAAACAGAACUUUGUGUAUGUAGAAAAAAAUAUUUAUUUCACAAUUAAACUGCAAUGAUUUUUCCUAAA